AUGACCAUCUCGGCUGCCAGCAGCAGCGCCAGGUUGAGGUCCAGCCCCAGGCCCACGGGCGGCGGCGCCGCGUCGAACACCACAGAAGACGACGACAACUACCCAGAACAGCUCUGCUCCUCCUCGCUCUUCGGCGGCAGGAACCCAGCAGCGCCGGCGCCACAGCCGCCGCCGGGUCCAUCGUGCCGUGGGCGCGUGCGCGGGCUAGCAGCCGUGGGCGGCUGGGCCGCGUCCCCUGAGGUACCUGCAGACGCCGUCCUUGGUGCCGUUGCGGCGCCAGGACCUGAGCCGCGUGGCCGCGGCCGUGUACGCCUCGGUGCCCGGGCCGCACCGGCGCUGCAGCGCCUUGUGCUGGCGCAGCCGCUUGACGAGGUGCGCGGACGGUGA